AUGGGAGCUGCCAAAGGAGAAAGGCAAUUAAAAGCCCUACACAGCUCCAAGACUGUGAACCACAAUAAUGACCUAAAAUCAGGGUGUCCUCCGCGUGCACCGUCUGGGAACGAUUCCUUCAACAUGGAUCCGGCACAGCCGACUCUAGCGCUGAACCCGCAGGAAGACGAGAAGUUUCAGAAGGUUCUGACACAAGCCAAACAGCUCGCGAAAAAGCAAAAGAAGGAAGAAAAAAGUCUUAAUCCUGGAGUGAUGUUUGUGGGCCACCUGCCAGCAAUAUUUUCUGAAAGUCACCUCUAUGAUUACUUUACGCAGUUUGGCACCAUUAGCAGAUUCAGAUUGUCCAGAAGUAAACGGACUGGAAACAGCAGAGGGUAUGGUUUUGUGGAGUUUGAGUCUGAGGAUGUGGCCAAGAUAGUUGCAGAAACAAUGGACAACUACCUUUUUGGUGCGAGACUUCUAUCGUGUAAAUUUAUGCCACCAGAGAAAGUCCACGAGGACCUUUUUAAAGAGUGGAACGUUCCCUUUCAUCAGCCAUUAUUCCCGGCAGAGAAUCGCUAUAAUCAGAAACGGGGGCAUUCGCAACUGUUGAAGAUGGAAUAUUGGUUCAGGAAGAAGGAAAAAUUACUCCGGAAGAAGCUAGCUAAGAAGGGGAUCGAUUAGUUCCCUUCGUUGGUCUUACCUAAUCCAAAGAAAGGGGCUUCACAGGGCACUCAGGAGUCCAAGGGUAACCAGGAUCCCACACCAGUUUGUACACCAACAUUUUUGGAGAGACGAAAAUCACAAGUGACCGAAAUAGAUGACAAUAAAGAUGAUGAAAUCAUUUUCAAACAGCCCGUGCCCACAGUGAAAGAAGAGGCACAAGACUCAUUAAAGACCCCAACACCUGCACGCUCUGGGACAAAAAGACCAAGAGAAAGGAAGAGCAAUCAGUGA